AUGAGAGGACUGACUCUAUGGCCGAUAGUUGUCAUUGCCAUUUCUUUGUGUGAGCCGGUUUAUGCCAAGGAGUACAGAGUGCAAGAUGCGCCCGAGUGUGCUAUGAAAUGCCUCGACAAGUUCCUCGAAAGACCGAUAUUCUCCGACGCCAGCAUCGAACGCCUAUGCAACGUGACAACGGUCAGCGACAAUGUUCUUAUAUGCGUCAGAGGGGGUUGCAGUGUGAAGGAUCUUUUGGAGUACAUGAGAGAAGAGCGCGUGUCUUGCAAUAGACUAGACAUCGACAACGACCACAACAUCAGAGCUAUCAACUUUUUUAUCCUUGGAGCGAUACUCGUCUCAAUAAGUAUAAGAUUGUCGACAAAGUUUCACCGAUUCACAAAAUGGGGUGUAGAUGAUUAUUUAAUUAUCCCUGCAGCAAUUCUUGCAGCGAUACAAACAAUACUUAUGAUUCUUAUGACAUGGUCCGGCCUAGGACAUGACAUCUGGACGAUAAGCGAAGAAACAACAACCCGAUUCUUCAUAUAUCUCCUUGUCGUCGAAUUCACAUACGUUCUCAGCUUGUGUCUAAUCAAACUGUCGAUCCUAUUCUUUUUCCUCCGCAUUUUCCCCGACCCAACAUUUAUCACAAUUAUUAGAUGGACCAUCGCACUUACUAUUCUCUCCACAACCAUCAUCUUGGUUCUUGCAGCCCUUCAAAGUGCCCCCACAGAGCCGUCACAAGACGGCUGGGAUGGGUUCCCCAAUUCCGGACCGCGUCUCGACAUCCAAGCUCUAAUCCUCUCUCAUGCUGGCAUCAAUGUUGCAUUAGAUAUUUGGAUGUUCGUUCUUCCCUUAACUCAGCUGUAUAACCUUGGUUUAAAGGCGAGAAAGAAGAUUGGAAUCAUGCUCAUAUUUGGCGUGGGAAUAUUUCUUAUCGCAGUCAGCUGCAUCCGGAUACCGCACAUGUUGGACUUUAACAGAACCCUGAAUGCGACAUGUAAGAUCCCCAAUCCUAUCACUGAUACUUGA